AUGGAGCAUGAAUGUGAACAGCAGCGCUUCACUCCAUUGGUAUUCACCUCUCACAAAGGGAGGGUAUUCCAAGUAGAUGUUGAUGAAAAUCCACAAUUAUCGCCAAAGCACGUCAGAUCCAACAGUAUAAUAUCAAUUGUUGAGCUGAGGGCUUCAUCCCCAUCUCCACCAAAAGUACACGGCCUAGGAGGACUCGAUGGCCAUGGAUCCGAGACUCCACAACUUCCAAGGAUACUAUCUCCCCGCCAUUCAAGCCGUUCCUCAUGCGGAGGCUCUCCUCUUAUCUCCUUCACUACCUCCAGUCAGUUAAACGAAGCAGAGGCAACUUCAGACACGCAACCAUCAUCCUCUCCUAGGAAACCCGAAAAUUCCUUAUGUGAUGACUUUGAGGAUCCUGAUGUUUGCAAAGCUUAUAUGGUUUACAAUGAAUAUGGGGAACUGGUCAACGCUCAUAACCAUCUGCAAACUCGAAACACGCUUGAUUUGUCGGCUACUGAGAUAUUGAGAUUGAUUCUAAAGGCAUAUCACCAUGAUUUUAGAGCUAGAAUGAACGAUAUGGAACAGAUCAAGGGCCAGAGCUCAUUGAGCUCGGAAAAGGGCAAUCUUACAUGGGAGGAAAAGUUAUCAUGUUGGGAAUACAGCCCGAGCUUAUCUGCAAAGACCACACCAGUCAAUGGGGAACUGAAGACUGUUCCUGUAUACCAAGGACCACCUCGGGUAUUGGAGAUUGGUUGUAGUGAUGGAAGUUGGUGCUUCAAAGUUAAGGAGGAUCAACCAGAUUGGACAGUAGAGGGCGUCGAUGACACGGAUCAUUGGUCUUGUGUGCAAAAGGACAUCCAGCUUAAGGACUUCAUCAUCCCAACCCCCGACGCGGAUUUAACAGAUUACUUCAGCCGUGUCAAUUCUUCGCAAGCACAAACCGCUCCGGAUUUCAAUGUUCGAAAUCUCAAUUGUCUUUUAGCCCACCCUGACCCUCUUCCACAUAACCUUUACUCCUUUAUCCGUGGAAGAGAUGUGUUUGAUAGAAUUGAGAGUUACAAGAGUUUCCUAGAUGACAUUCGCUUGAUUCUGCAGCCCGGUGGUGUUGUAGAAUUCCUCGAAGUGGAUCCCAGACCAAGAUAUAAAUUAGCAGGUCACACUUCCGCCAAGCGUGAGGAUUAUCACAAGAGCAAAGCCCACACCGACUGGACCGACAAUAUUUCUGAUAGGCUUAGGCGUCCAUCUCACGACGAUGAACUUGCAAAGACAGUGCCAGGCUGGAUGAAAAGAGUCACAGAACGUCAUAAGGCAAUACUCCGCCCACGAGGUGGAAUUCCUGCGGUCAAUGUAAAGGCUUGGCUAGAGGGAGCAGGGUUUUGGGAUGUUAAUGAGAUUAUUCAUCGACUACCUGUGGGGGGACCAACAACUACUGGUCGGCGGCUGAAAGAAUUUAUCCUAUACCAAAUCGAGCUUGAGAACGAUAUCCCACAGCUUCGUGACAGAUUUCCACCUGUUGAAUUUGAGGAGAUCGAGAGCGGCAAUUACUACCUCACCCUACACAUUGUAACAGCGCGUAAGCCACGCUAUUCCCGAGCAGGUGAUCUCCUCAUCGGCGGCACCAGAGAGGAAAUGACAGAUGUGAAAUACGAUCAGAUGGCCCGAGGCAAUGAAUUGAAGAACCAAGCAGGAUGGAAAAGAUUCGAAUUAGGUCGUAUUUCUGAAAUGAUGACUUCAUUUGAGGAACACCAUCCUGGCAAUAUUCCAGCCUCGUCGCCGCUGUCUCACUUGCGGGAAGCCUGA